UAAAACCAGAGCGGAGGAAACGGGACGCCGAGACUGAUCCUGCGUAUGCUCUGCCUCAAUCUUUUCCUUCAACUGCCAGAUCAUCACGCUCACCCUGUGGGGGUCCUCUGGCUGCACAUAUUUGGGCCUCUGCUUUCAUGGUUCACCUGGAUUGUUAAAUGGCAGAGUCCAGGAUGUCGUUGCAACCAGCAUCCUCUUCUGUAACCUUCCUUCAGAAGGGACAUUAUAAUAAAGCACUCAGGGAUUUACUAAGGAGGAUUGGGGAUUCCAAAAGCCAACUAGAGAUCACUGAUGAGCACUUUGAUGAUGACCUGUGUCCAGUUCAGGAUUCCAGUGCCCACUUGUACACAGAAACAGAUGUUACUUUGCCAUCUCACUUGAUAGCCAACACAUGUACUGAACCAUCCUUUCUUAUGAGUGGACUUGCAGGUUCAAAACAUAGAAUGAGGAAGCCACAAAACACUGCACUAAAGAGCCCACAUGUUUUACCUUCAGAGAUCCAUGAUAUAUAUGAAGAGCUAUCAGAAAUAUAUCACAAACUUCAGCAAGAGAGAAUGUCGCAACAAGAAUAUUCCCUUCAAUUGAAAAAGCGUGAGCAGAGUUUACUUGAAAGGGAGGAGAUGCUUCUAAAACACCAGGCCACACUCGGCAAGAUAAAGGAUGUGGGAGAGAAUGUGCAGGAGAAAUUUCGAAUAAUGAAAGAGCAGCACGAUGUAGAGGUAAAACAGCUGUCAGAUGCCUUCAAAGAGAAGAUCAAGGAAAACAAAAGAUUGAAGUCCUCUUUUGAUACCUUAAAGGAAAUGAAUGACACCUUAAAAAAGCAGCUGAAUGAAGUGAUUGAGCAAAAUAAGAAACUGGAAUCUCAAGCUAAGAAAGUUCAGUCUCGUCUAGAAAACCUACAGAGAAAGCACGCCUUCCUUACAGUUCAGAAAAGCAAAGAUACUUCCCAAAUUGUGAAUCUUCCAAAACCCCAAAAUGUUGAAAAGAGACCUGCUCCUGUAAAACCUAAGGUCCUUAAUAAUAUGCAAGUAUUCAAGCUCGUAACUAUUCUUAUGGAUUGGCUUUCUUCAUCAGAAGGUAAUGGAGGCCGAGACAAAUCACUAUCCAUGGAUAAAUUACCCACAAACUGCUUUCAGGAAAAGUGUGCCAAGGUCUUACCUGUUCUUGUUGAGCAGUUCCAGUGGAUGCCCAUGGUCAGUGGCAAGCUGCACCUUUCUUUCAUGAGGUUUUCAUAUUGGACAUUGAGGCAGCUUGAAAACCGGACCCAGUCUACUUUAACCUCAACCAUAAGGCGCCUUGGUGAGGAGACAUUUAAAGGAGUAGUUUACCACCCUGUGGAAGACAGUAUGACGGAAGAAAGACCACGAUCUGUAGCCUUCUUUAAAAGCAACAAUUUUCCGCUGCGAUUUGUUUCGACCCUAGUCAUACUCAAAACUGUUACACAAGUGGACUACCUUGCCCAAGCAUUGGAUUCGCUUUGCAUGGACCUGAAAAGUGAUGAGGGAAGAACUCUGUUCUUGGAGUAUCAUGCAGUGCCCAUUGUUGUAGAACUUUUACAUGUCUCAAACAGGGGACUUAUUUCCAGCGUCCUUGAUAUUUUACUUCAGCUUUCAAUGGAAACAAGAUUUUUGCAGCCAUUUCUUGAGUCAUGCAGCACUGAAUCAUUUUUUUGUACUUGUGCUGCCUUGCUUAAAGAUUCUAGAAUUGAUGUGCAAAUACUGGAAAAAUUAAGCAUUGUUUUGCAGAAACUCUCCAAAGUCAGGAGUAAUAAGAAGCUGUUUGAAAUCUUCAGCAUUCCUCAAGUGAUUCAAGAGUUGCAAAGAACGGCAAACGCAGAUCACGCCUUCCUUAUCAUUAACUUAAACUCCAUCCUCUUCCACUUAGGUUUUGCAAAGACAAAAGCUGUAUCACCCACAGCCAGCAUUGGGCAUUGAGUAAUGGUGAAGUAUGAGUUUUUGCCCUUGAUGGUAAUCUUUCCAGGUUUGCAGGAUGUGUAUAUCAUAGUAAUGUGAACGAUUGUGUGAUUGCAGUAUUGAUUGUGUAAAGCUUACUUACAGCAGUAUGUUCUCAGUAUACAAAAAUACUUUGUCAUCCUUGCAGUAAUGCUGUGUACGUAGAAUUGUUUUUACUUUGAUAUAUCUUGUAAUGGCUCAAAGACCCCAUUAUAUGUUUUAGUCACUUAUUGCAUUGUAAUGCUUUAUGUUAAUAUGCAAAAUUGUGUACAGUUAAGUGAUUACUAUUAAUGUUUGUAGUUUUGUAUUGUUAUUUAAAAAUAAAAAAAUUUGGUCUAUUUACACAUAUUUUA